ACUCAAUUCCUUUUCAUCUUAUUAUUAUUAUUAUUAUUGUUUUUUUUUUUUUUUUUUUGUAGUUUGUUCCGUCUUGAAUUGAACAAUUCCACCUGAGUUUAAUCGAUAAUUUUCCAUUAUUUUUCAACCUUUUAAAUUCAGAUUACGGCCGUAAAUUUACGUUUCAUAAUCAUAAUCAAGAAAAAGACAAACUAUGAUUUGGUGGAAUCGGAAGAAAACCCACAAUUAUUUGAUGCGGCUCCUUGAAUAUUUUAUUAAUUUACCCACCGUAUGUUUGUAAAAUUGUUGAAGUAAAAAAGACCAAAAAAAUACUAGUCUGAACUCUCACCUGUGCGGUAGAAUAUUAGUAGAUUGGACUUUUCACGUUGAGUAAUCUGUGUAUGCUCAGUUGGUCUAAAAUGGAAAGAGUCUAGGUACAACUGUCAACUGAUUGCUGAUAAAGUGGUCAUAUUUUCGGCUCAUCGCAAGAUGAAAGCUUGGCUUGUUAUUUCAUCUAGAGGCAAAGCUUUUUGUGUUUCAUAUGCAAAUUGUUGGAGCAACGAUUCCUCAUAGUUAAAGUUUGGGAUUUUUUUUAUUUUCUUGUUUGGAGAGAAGGAAAUAUGGUUAAGAAUGGAAACAAGGGAAGCUUGAGGAUGAAUCUUUUGUAACUGGACAGUGAUCAGCAGACUUUGAAGUCAAAUCGGGGUCAGACAAUUCCUAGGAGUGGAGGGAAAGGCAUUUCGUGGCGAUGGAAGACUUGUAUAGGAAUUCAAGCGAGGAGAUCUUCCUGAAAUAUUUCAUGGAAAGCUCAAAUGGAGUCCCAGCACCAAGCAUGGAGAUGUUGGGAUUUAAGAACCUUUCUCAGAGCUUUCGACAUGCAGAUAGUGAGGAGCUCUUCAAAUGUUGGCUCACAAACGGAGAGAACAAUGCCAACAACUCAUCAAGUAUCACACAUCGUACUCGGCAAGCAUCAAGGAGGAUAUCCACUGAACUUGCCAGUAUUUCUAGUCAGCAACAUGUGGGUAUACUACAAAAGAAAAGAAGCAACGAUAAUUUACAUCCACAGAGUAAUUCUAUGGCAGAUAAUAUCUCUGGAGACCUCCAUCAACAAUCAAUUAGUUUUAUCAGGAAUUCUGUUGAAAAGGGAUUGCAAAAUACAGAUUUAUAUUUGGCCAAGGCAUGGUUUCAUAGUUCUCAACCUAUGACAAGAAGCCGAUCUUCUGAGUUGCGGAAGAGGUACGCUGCUAUGCAGAGUGCUCAAACAACAAUGGGUAUGGAAGUUAUGCAGAAUGCUUCUGGGCAUAGCAUCAAUACAUUGAAACAAGAAUUUUCCAAUUCAAAUUGUUUCAAUGACUUUUCGACAUGUGAGAUUCCCAACCAAGUGGGCAGAUUCAUGUCUCCUUCAAAUUCAUCCUCAUCGACUUUCACCACCCCCCGAAUGGCUGAUAUAGAUAAAGUUUCUUCUGUUGUGAGUAUGCUGAAGGGUACGCUAGAACGCAAGAAGCUUAGCAACCAGAUUGAAAAAGAAGCUGUUAUGGAUAGCUCUCUUGGGAUUUAUCAUGGUCAUGACAUUGUUGUGAACAGUAGCUUUGAUCAAGGGCAAAACAAUCAUUUAAAUGAAAUACCAAGAACUUUUCAAGAAGCAUCCCAUGUCCAAGUUAAGGAUUCUGGGAUUUUACUUGCAGUUGAAGAAUCCAUAGACCUUGACAUGGAAGGUUUUGUAAAUCCCACAAACCAAAUGCAGCUGAGUAGAGCUUCUCAAGAACCUUCCCAAAGUGAAUCUUCUGCUGCUGCACCAGUAGUUUCAUCUGGGUUAGAUGCAUGUGAUGGGCCGAGCAAUUCAAGUCAAACUCUAAGCAUUUGUGAGAGCUCGAGGAAACAAGUUGGAAAUAGUAGGAGUUCAGAAAAUGGCACUAAAGCCAAAGAAAUCAGAGAACGGAUAAUUGACACUUUGAAGGAAGAUCGAAAGAGGGGAAGCCUAGUCCGAUAUGGAUCUGUGACAUCAGCAGGUUCAGUGGAUAAAGGGGACUCCACAAAAAAGCGAAGGGUGGAGCGAUCGAGAAAGAUGGCGGAGGCAAAGGAAAGGAAUUUGACACCAGCAAUUCCAUCAGAUGUGCAAUCUGUCUUGAAGCGGUGUGAAAACCUUGAGAAGGAAGUGCGGUCACUCAAACUCAACUUAUCCUUCAUGAAUAGGUGGACUGGUUUUUUAUGGAUGAGGCAGAUGUACGGUCAGAGUCUUUGUGUUUGUAUAUCAUGGAAGAUAAAAGCUUGGGGAGAGCAUGUCAGCUGGCUGAUACCUUUGAUUCUUUCUGUUGUUUUUUGAUAAGUAAACAGCUAAUUUAAGAACGAUCUUGAUUCUUUCUGUUCUUAACAUAUGCAUAGGGAGGUGCAGCUAGUGAGCUUUAAGCUGGUCUCCCACCAAGCAGAUUGGUCGAAAAUCUCUUGGUGGAGUCAAGUUGCUAUAUGAUGAAACCAGGAAUAAGAUGUGCAGUUCUUUAGUUAAGAUCAAUGUUGUACUUCCUAAUUGUCAGACUUUUUAAUUUUAUAUGUUAGAACUUAGAGAUUUAAGUAUUUAGAACCACUGUUAGGUAGUCUCCUAAUGAGGGAGGAUUAGAACUAUGAUAGGUUUCUUUAUGAGAUGGAUUAAAAUUCUAUAUCAUAAUAUUUAAGAACUGAAAUUAUCAUCUGCUAAGCAAGAGGAGGUCAUUAGUAAAAUAUAAACUAGGGAAUGAAGAUUCAUGUCUGUAUAUGAAGCUUUAUCCAAAAAUUUUGG